AUGAAGAUGGGCCAAUUCCCCGAACCGGAGGCAGCUGCUAAAGCAUCUUUACAUUUUCUGACCAUCUUGCUAAUGUUGAUCCCGCUUGCUCAUACUACCGUCGCAUCUCAUAUCGCUCAAAGAGACUUUGAUAGCCACAUGGAUCCCUGGUCGAGCUUGGAUGCGAACGACUCGUCUCCCUUAGAAUGCCUGCAGGUCGCACCUCCAGUUUUGAGCCCAGCUGGGGGAUGUCAGCAGACGCUGAUGAUCCACACUUUUGCUCAAUCUUACGGACAGCCCUUCUACAGUCCGCCUGCGUGCGGGUUCAAUCGAAUCACCAUUAACUUCACCGUAACGUCUACAGGACGACAAUUCGAUAGACUCGCGCUGAUGUAUCUCGGCGACACCGAGGUUUUUCGUACAUCAACUGCAGAGCCUACCAAGAAUGGAAUCAUUUGGACCUAUGUAAAAGACAUGAGUGCUUAUCUUUCCUUGUUCAGCUCGCCACAGAAAGUAAUUUUCGAUCUGGGAAACGCUGUCAAUCAAAACUAUACUGGCCUUUGGGAUACCACGCUUACCGCAACGUUUUUCUCCGCCAAAGACGACAUACACCCUGCUGAUUUGAUCGUCCCUGUUUCGGCUCGGCGAUCCGCUGACAGCGCCGCAAGCGCGUUCAUCAUUCCUGAGACACGAGCAAGGAAUACUUUCAGUCUCCCUCAAAACAUGAAGAAAGCAGUAUUUUCGGUAUCAGCCUGUGGGCAAGCUGAAGAAGAGUUCUGGUGGGCCAAUGUCCUUACUUCUGAUCUCAAUGCCUUUGGAAAUGAAACUACGCUUUAUGGUCACUCCGCGUUCAGAGAAAUCCAAGUACUCAUCGAUGGACACUUGGCAGGCGUGGUGUGGCCUUUUCCCAUCAUUUUUACUGGGGGUGUUGUCCCCGGAUUUUGGAGGCCCAUUGUAGGAAUUGACGCAUUCGAUCUCAAAGAGGAUGAGAUCGACAUUACGCCCUUUAUACCCAUGUUAAGUGAUGGCGAAGAUCACUCGUUCGAGAUCCUUGUCUUGGGCGUUGAAGACGAUGGCUACAGUGAUCCCACGGUACAAGCUGUUGUCGGAAGUAAUUGGAUAGUGACCGGCAAAAUUUUUCUAUGGCUGGACAGCGAUUCUUCUACAGCAUUUGGCAAUCCUCCGAUCAUUUCAGCUCCUAAGCCCUCGAUAAAACUACAAUCAACGAGAAAAUAUGGCGCAAAUGGAACAGUUAGCUCCUUAGACUACUCGAUUGAGGUGAAUCGCAACAUAUAUAUUGAGUCCACGAUGGAUAUCCUGGCUGGUCCCGAGACCGUAUACUGGAAACAAGAUCUUGUCUUCGCAAACACCGCCACACUCAGCAAUAAAGGCAACGACCAAAUCGUAGAGCAAAGCACCAAAGGAACUGAUACAGCGUCUUCAAGCUAUGUCAGAACUUUCUCGUAUCCCCUGCAAAUCAACUCGUCAUACAACGCUCCCGCUCACGGAAACGUGACUAUUAACGGAAGCUUCGAUAGGGCGAAGAUCAGCCACCAGCUCAGCGAUCUGGCUUUCCCCAAUGACUAUAAGACCUUUGACUAUUACUAUGCUCGCCCUGCUGUAGCAUCGGUACCAAGGUUAUCGGGCUCAAACGUCCACAAUUGGCAGAAAGGCAUGGCGAGGUAUACUUCCGACCCUUCCGCGAACGUGAAGACGUCAGACAGUUUUGGUAGCACAGAACAGCGAUGCACGUUGACAGGUGUUGGUGGUACCUCGAUCGCCGUGGUCCAGGGUGAUACAGGCGAUGGUCGCACGACAAGUCUCGGCCAAACCGAUGAGUUGUGGGAGAGGCACAUGAAAGCCACCAAUAGCACGAUAGACUUCGAUGAGCAGCGUUUCAGUGGUCAGGCUGAAGCGGAGAAAUAG